AGUUUUUUUUCCUUUACAGGAGGAUCAAGAAAAUAAGAGAUGUAUAUAGAAAUUGUAAAUCUGCAAUGGUUUAAGAUGCCAAACAUGCGGCAAGUCAGGAAGAGGGAGAGGAAGACGAGGAAGUGGACCCAGGAGGCCAUGGCAGAGGCCCUACAGGAGGUGAAAGCAGGCAGGCUUUCUCUACGGCAGGCAGCCCAGCAGUUUGGGGUCCCUAAGUCCAGCCUGAGUGACCGGGUCAGUGGAAGGGUGUCCUCUGACUGUGUCUAUGGUCAGAGGACACUCCUCACCCUUGAAGAUGAGGAUUCCCUGGUGGAGUACGGUUUGUAUUCUGACAGUCACGGGUUUCCACUGACGAAGCCUCAGGUCCUGGCCCACGCUCUGGCCAUUUACAACCUCCGCCACCGGGAAGCACAAAGAACCGUGCUUGGCCAGACGUGGUGGAUAAACUUCCGGGAGCGGCAACACCAUCGCCUUACUUCCCGGACCCCAGACAUCAUUGACCGUGGGAGGGCAUCCUGUGCCAAGAGGGGGCCAAUUGAGGAGUAUUUCGGGCUCCUCACCACCACCCUGGAGGAGCACGGGUUGAGGGAGAAACCACGUCAGAUAUACAACUGCGACGAGACGGGGUUUCAGCUGGACUCUACAAGAAGGAAGGUCAUCGUGCCCCGGGGGACUAAACAUGCUUACAGGCAGGCCCAGGGAACCAGAGACCACAUCACCGUCCUGGCCUGCCUCAACGUGGCUGGGGAGGAUGUCCCCACAUUCAUCGUCUACAAGGGGGGAUAUCCAGGGGGCCCCUAUAACAAGGAACGGGUUCCCGAUGCCCUCUACGGGAAGUCGCCAGCAGGGUACAUUGACAGUGAGCUGUUUAGGAAGUGGUUUGUCGGGCAUUUCCUGAAGUUCGCCGUGCAGGAGCGCCCGCUGCUGCUCAUCAUGGACGGACAUCAAUCCCACCUGGAUCCAGAGCUGGUCCGGGCGGCACAGAGGGAGGGGGGGGUCAUUCUCUUGUGCCUGCCACCACAUACGUCUCACAUCCUUCAACCUCUGGAUGUGAGUUUCUUCGGACCCUUGAAGGCAGAUUUCUCUGGUGUUACAGGAGAUCUGUUGGCAGUGAGCCACUCCUUCUUGGUUUCUAAGAAGGAGUUUUCAAGGCUCCUAAGAGACUCUUACCAGAGGGUGAAGGAUCGGAGACUGGUGGUGGCUGG